GCUUCUCUCCCCUCUUCUUUGCUCCUAGUGCUCUCAUCUUCCAGGUCUGAAUUUCCGCCCGUCUACUUUCGCGCGACCAUAAAAAAAAUUAUAAAUCAACUACCAGAGUAUCGGGUAAAGGAAGAUGGCACCUACAGGGCUGGUCGACUCGUUUCUGGCUGCGAUCCAAGCCAGCAUGUCCGUCUUGCUGGUGAUCUUCUACGGCGGCGUGGCGGCGCACCUGAAGCUCCUCACGCCGGCCAACACAAAGGCCAUUUCGAAGGUGUGCGUGCGCAUGUUCCUACCGGCUUUAUUGGUUACGAAGAUAGGCAGCGAAUUGCACUCGGGCUCGGCGGGGCGGUACCUGACGAUACUGAUCUGGGCCAUCAUAUGCCACCUCGUGAGCUUCGUGGUCGGGGUGGUGGCGCACUUGUGGCUCGGCAUGCCGGACUGGACGACGGUGGCGCUCAUGUUCAACAACACAACGAGUUACCCGCUGCUUUUGAUAGGGGCGUUGGAACAGACGGGGAUCCUGCGCAGUUUGAUCACCGAGGGAAGCGGCGAGAGCACGAAAGACGCAGUGGAAAGGGCCAAGAGUUACUUUUUGGUGUUUGCGACCAUCUCGAGUUGUCUCACGUUCGCGGUGGGGCCGAGAUUGAUCGAUAGUGAGCAUGCCGCCGAAGAGGAGGAGGAUGAGGGAAAGAGUGGUGGGUACAACCAGGACGAAAAUGGUGAUGAGGAUAGAGUGCAGGAGAGGGAAGCGGGAAGGGCUGGUGAGGAAAACGACGACAAUGACAACGACGAUGAGCGCACGGGGCUGUUGAAUCGGCGAGCAAGUACGAUAUCGUUUGCGCCCAACACUUUCUUCCCAUCGACCAGGAGGGCCAGCGUCUUGUCCUUGUCCUGGGAGGGACCGCCGCCCGAGUUGAAGCGCCGCCCGAGUAUGGUGCCGAAGAAGCAUUGGACCAGACUGGGCCCGCGGGCGAAGUGGUGGUUGCUUUUCAUCUCGGACUUUUUCAACGCGCCAUUGCUUGGUGCGAUCGUUGGAGCGGUGAUCGGGCUGGUUCCGCAGCUACACCGCGCGUUCUUCAAUGAUACGUACCAAGGUGGGAUAUUCACGGCGUGGCUCACGUCCUCAUGGCAGAGCAUUGGCGGCUUGUUCGUCCCGCUACCCGUGGUCGUGGCGGGUGUGUCACUUUACACGGCGAUGCGCGAUGCCAGAAGAGCGGAUACUACUACUAGUACUGGUGGUGGUGAUGGCCGCGCAGCAGUAGAUGCGAGGUCGAAGCUGCCUUAUUGGGUCACGGUGACGUUCAUUAUGGUGGUUCGGUUCGUCGUCUGGCCUGCGGUGUCGAUUUCGGUCAUCUACGCGCUGGCCACGAGGACGGAUAUCCUGGGCUCGGAUCCCAUGUUGUGGUUUGCCAUGAUGUUGAUGCCUACUGGACCACCGGCUAUGAAGUUGAUCACGCUGAUCCAAGUUUCGGACGCAGAGGAGGCAGACGAGACGAACAUUGCGAAAUUGUUGACUUUGUCGUAUGCUAUAUCGCCGAUUUUGUCGUUCACUGUGGUUGGAGGGCUGAGGGCCAGUCAGGCAGCUAUUUCAUGAUGAGGGAGGUCUGCGGCAUGGGUAGUUGCUGCGUGACUUCAAGUAGUCAUUAACUUAGGGUGCUAUGCGGAGGUACAAUGGAAAGGGAAAGACACAAAGGAGGGGGUUUGUUGGGAUCAUCGGUGUUGUCUUGCGAAUGACUUGUUCAAUUCAGCAUACAACUCGCCGGCUUACCCCUUUCGUUGAGGGUCACUUCACCACGCUAGGACAGUUCAAUUGUACAAGAGCACGGCGGCAAACACGAAUAAGCCGGCUAUACUGGUAUUAUGUCAAUAUCAAUCCAUUCCAAAGC